AUGCUGUGGGUUUGGGCUGACAGUGGCCCCACGGCAUUCAUCGACAGUGCAGUUCGUGGGCCCAGGAUCCCCAGCUUUCUGGAGGAACACACUGAUGAGUAUGUGCCAUUGUUCCCAGUGAUGGCCCGCGACCUGAUGUAUGGCCACAACCUGCUUGUGGAAAACGUCAUGGACCCUUCACAUGUGCCCUUCGCCCACCACGGUGUGCAAGGCAGCCGAGAUGCGGCAAGGCCCCUGAGAAUAACACGGCUGAACACUGAAGAUGGACAGGACCCAAGUUUGCUGAAGUUUGAUAUCCAGACGUUGGGAGUGCCAGCAGGAAGUGGGAAACGCAAGGGCCCUCCACGGAAACGCAAUCUGGAGUUCAUCUUUCCCUCAGCCGUCGACUACCAUUCUAUGCCACCCGGGGAGGCAGGGGGCUUGCCAACAUUCCUGAGCACCUUCUACUGCACCCCCACAUCUGUGGGCAAGUGUCGCAUCCUCUCUCAAUUCAUGAUCAGACGUGACACGAAGCCAGGGGGCAACAUGCUGAGGAGGCUGGCUAAGCUCCUCAACAAGGUCAAACCGCCCAAGUGGCUCCUCCACAUGGGGAGCAACAAGGUGUUAGAUGGGGACAUGAUCCUGCUGCACAACCAGGGCCACACGAUGGAGCGGUUGCGAAAUGUCCGAGGGAAACUUAAACACCAGGACAUGUUCUACCUGGCUGCUGGGGCGGAUGGUGCCGUCGUCGACUUGCUGGAGUGGUACCAUGACCCCGCAAGGGGUGGGGGUGGACCCAGGGGCCCAGGGGGGGAGCUGCUGUCUGAUGGCCCGGAGGAGACCAGGGAGGAGGUCAUUCUGGACAGGUACGAACAGCAUACCAAGCACUGCCAUGCCUGCAGUGGUGCUCUCCGUGUUGUGGAGUCGCUAAAACCUGUCGCACAGUGGGCCACGGUCACUCUGGCAGCCACGUUUCUCUCCCUGGCGUUGAGGGCCGAAUCUGGAGUGGCUGUGCUGUCCAAAGGCUGGCCCCUUGUCCUGUGUACCGUCAUCUGCGUGGUUGCAAUAAAACUGCUCACUGAGAUACAGAGGAGGCUGAGGUUCGUGCCUUAUGAGCAUCACAGCAGCUAG